AUGGCGUCGGCCUCGGUGGUGGCGAUGGCGUCGCACGGGCUGAGGAACGCCGCGGAUUGGUGGGAAGCGGUGAACAAUUCCCCCCUGUGGCAGGACUGGAUUUUCCAUACCCUUGCUGGGCUCUUUGGUCUUGUUGGUGUCGUCGCUCUCGUAUGUUCUCCUCCUUUUCUCUUUUCCUUGUUUCCCCAUAUCCAUUCCGCUCAUGAUUCAAUUAGCUUUCCAAAAUGUGACUCCAUUUCAUUCCACGUCCCACGCGAUAUCGGUUCUGCUCUUGGGAGUUUAGAGAAUUAUUUUCCUUGGAAUUUUAAUUUUUCCUUGGAUUUAUUCCGACUCAAGGUAUUACUCCGGAAACAAUCAAAAUCCCUGAGGAAUUCUCCAGAUGAUCUUCUCGGGACGCGCACGAUUCAUUUUUUCUUGGGUUGAUGUUGUAUUCGAAGUUCAUCAAGAAAGGACAACGUAUAUAAUUAUCUGUAUCUCAAUAUCUGUAUGCUUGGCCCUACCUGCAGAUCCAACUAAUUCGAAUCGAGUGUAGAGUUCCAGAGUACGGUUGGACAACACAGAAGGUCUUUCAUCUUCUAAAUUUCAUUGUUAAUGCAGGUUUGAGUUUUUUCCCCUGUUUGCUUCUUUGCUUGUAUGCAACAUCUGUGUUCAUAUGUGACUGCUAAUUCCCUAUCAUACUGUUAAAGCUCUGUUGCUUUUUGCAGUUCGGUGUGUUGUUUUUGUGUUUCGUCGAAAUGUGCAACUGCUGAAUCCUGAGGUUUGCCCCCCUUCCCUCCUUUUUCAUAUUCAAAUGGAGCUCCCUCUGUUUCUAAACAGAACCUACUUUGGAUACAUGGUGCAGAUUCUUCAACAUAUCCUCCUUGGUAUGCCUGGCCUAGUAUUUUUCACAACAUAUGCGCUCUUGGUAUUAUUCUGGGCAGAGAUAUAUUAUCAGGUUGGUGUUAAAUUGCACUUGGGUGUUGGACUUAUCUGAAAAUUUCCCCUUUGGGUUAUACCCCUCCCCGUAUAUUUGACUUCUGGUGGCCGGGCUGUGGAUGGACGGAUUGGAUGUUUUUCUGAGGUGGCAAUUAUUGCAGGCGCGUGGACAAUCUACUGAUGGGCUCAGGCCAAGCUUCUACGCAAUAAAUGGGGUUGUGUAUUCAGCACAGGCGAGUUUUAUUUGACUUUUGUUCUAGUUCUAUUUUAUCUGGUAUGGAUUACUAUUAUGGCUGAUUGGACUGGCAGCAUGGGAAAUGAGAAUAAAUUUUCAAUAAAAUAGCCAGAGGCUAAAAAAAAGAAAAUAUGCAUUUUGUGUCAUUUUCAUUAUCAGCUUGCUAAGAGAGAUGUGGAGUUCUAGGUCCCCCCGUUCUUCAUGAAAAAAAUAGUAUGCGCAUUUCAUUAACAAAUACUAUGCAAUGUAUGAUCUAUUAAAAUCAUAGCAUACAACGUUUGAUUUUUUCCUGGAUUUUUUUUUUCUUCACUUUUCUAUGGCAUCAUUAAGACUCACCAUGCUUUCUCCUGAUACAAGUCUGUGUAAGCUUGCAUUCUGAAACGAAGGUUAGUUCGGCCCAUUCCUUUGCACACAAGGGAUGAUGUCUCAAUCUAGAUAGAGAUGCAAGCUGUCGAAAUGUAUGAAAAAAACUUCUUUAGGCUUUUAUCUUUUAGUCAGAAGAAAAUGUCCAUUCCUGACUUUCUGCUAAAUUAUAUUACUUCAUGUAUAAAGUUUCUCAUUAAAUCCACUUAAACUCAACCCCCCCCCCCAAAAAAAACUAAACAAUAUUAGGACGUUAUCGUCAGAAUCCAAUUGAUUUUUCAUGGACGUGAAUGCUCUUGAGAGGUUACAUGCAAUUGCAAUCAGCCACAUCAUUGAAGAUUUGGCUUCCAGAGGAAGGCUUUGACGUAGAAUCCUGAGAAGCAUAAAUAUCUGGUCUUAUAAAAAAAUCCUUAAAAAAUUGUGGAUCUAGUCUGGAACAUCAGGGUUAAUCCUAAAACUCUGAAAUGUGUGAGAUUUUUUAUAUAUAUUACAUAUGUGGAAAUAUCACAUCUAUUUGCUUGACAUUUUGUUUAUGUCAUCUAAUAUUUAGGUUAGUAGAUCGAUUAAUUUACACUUUCAAAAAAAUGAACAUAAUGAUUGCAAUUAUUCCACAAACCUAGCAAAGGAUUUGAGAAAAUUCUGUCCUAUUUCUUGCCGGAUGUCAAUGUUGGGCAUACAGCAAAACACAUGGAAAAUGUAAUGUUGUGCAAGGAAGUUUGCAAAGCCCAUAAAACCAUCUCGAGGUUAAUUAUUAGUCGAAUAGUUAAUCGAGAAUUAUUUCAGUCUGCUAAAAUCUGUUUAAUUUUUGUGUCUAUAAUGAUCUAUUGUUGGCUCCUAACCUGAUCGUGUUUCCCACACUGGUGACGAGGAAAGACUGUACACGGAAUAUGAAAUAACAAAACGAUAUUUUAAAAACAUAUAUUUUUAUUGUGUUGGGAUAUAUACAUGAACCCUAAUGAAACGCCCCUCUCCUUUGCCAUGAUGGCCAUUAGCAUUUCACCUUGACCUUUUUUUCAUUUAAUACUCAUUUGGAAGUUUGAAGCAAAAUCUUAAAUCUUCAAUGCUUAAUCUAAAGGGUUUCAUUUAGACUCUUUAUUUUUUCUCAGUUUACCACAUUUUUGGUUAAUGAUUAAUGUCCUUGAUGAUAGGGAAGCUAUAGAGAUAUGUUCUGUAACAUUUCAUCCAACAUAGUUUGGCUUAAAUAAUUCUCGGGCAUUAACAUGAAUACUUUGCCUUCUACACACAAUCUACUUUUAGAUUGUUCUAUGGCUGCUGUUAUGGUGGAAGCCUGUCCGAGCCCUGCAUGUCUUAUCCAAAAUGUUCUUUGCAGGUAUGAUUUUAGUCGUAGUCAUACCCCUCUAUGCAAAAAGAAAUUUUAAGUAAUUAUGGUGAAGUACAUAGUUUCUUGACAAGUUAUUUUUUUCAGGUGUCUCACUGUUUGCCGCCCUUGGGUUUCUUCUAUAUGGAGGGAGGUAUACUAUUUAUUUAUCUUUGAAAAUAUUUUAAAAAAUUUGUUUCACUGUGUUUCUUUGUGGAUAGAUUUAAACGCAUGCAUGAAUUUGAAGUUCAUCUUGAUUCAAAACAGAAAAUUUAAAUCGCUUGAACAAUCUUUGCACAAGGCUGCAUUUUGUCACAUCUUUGGUCUAAUUCAAAAGCUUUCAUUUCCCUGAUGCUCCCAAUGAAAUGAAAAGUUGAUUCUACAUCCACCUAUGAUAUGAUUAUCUUUAAUGCGUUGCAUCCAGAUCAGUAUAUGAUGGAGGUGGAAUGGUAUGCAUGGUUGCAACUUAUGUAAGAACAUUUACAGAGACUGCCGUAUCUUUGGUUUUCUAUGUCUUUACUCAGAAAAAACCUUUCGUUCCUUUCUUUCUGUGAUGAAGAAGCCUGCGUGCCGUUGGGAAUCGUGAUUUAUGUUUUAUUUUUGUGAAGACAUAAAAUAAAGGAUUUUCAAAAAGAAAACAUUCAAUGAAGCGGACUAAGGAAAAUCUGCGUCAAUACUGCUUUUUGAAAUUUGUAUUUUGAAAAGCAAUAUUGACGCAGAUUUUCAAGAAGAUGCAAUGAGGAGUAUCGUAUUAUGAGCUGUCUAUGCAAGAAAGAGGAACAGGAAAAGCAAAAAAAUACAGCACGAAAAAGAAAAAGUUGUGUACCUGGUGGCCUGAUGAAACCUAGUAAGUAAAAAAAAUAUCUUGAGUUCUUCAACUUCGUUCAUAUGAAUUCUCCAGUACCAUCACCUCGCCCAUGCUGAUCCCGUCACCAAGACUUUAAUUGGACCGCAAUCUUCUAAAUUAAUACAUAAAUCAGCUGAUUCUCUUUCCUGUUUAAGUAAUGUCUUUCUGUGAGUAUAACUGGGAUUAGCUAUCCCAAGCUGAUCAAUCCCUAGAUAUAAAUUAGUAAUUUGGUCAUAAGUUAAAAAUUUUCUUGAACAAAAAAAUAAUAAUAAAAGAGGUUAGGACAUAAGGUCCUCUUGCUAAAAUUUUGUAUCAGUGUCAAAUUAAAGUUCACCACACUACUAAUCACAGUUGUCUGUGAACCAAAGACAGUCCUCAUGGGCUGGCCUCAAGUUCCUUUUAGAACCUUGGAUUGGAGAAAAUCUGGAUCGUGGAAACAUAGGUUAAAGCCGCCAGUGCAUUCCUCUGGGUUAGUCAGGAACUGUCAUAACCAAGGUGAAUGAUAAGUGAUGAAGGAAAAAGAGGAUGAAGAAAACAUUACGUGUCCUUCACCGAUGAGAUCACUGACCAAAAAAUGAACUGAAAGACAGCGUAUCAUUUUUUUCAAUUCAUCUAAUAAUCUACCGCGCAUUUUUUCUUUGCAUCAAAUUCUCUUUAAGCAAUUACUGUGCGAGGGGAAUCUCAAGUUUCUCCGGUAUCUGCCAAAAAAAAAGAAAAAAAAAAAGAAACCUGGUUCAAAUGAGAAUACCAUGAGUGGCUCUUUAGGUUUUUUCAGGGCCUGCUUCAGAAGGGUACACAUGUAAAGAAAUUCAGUAUGUACUUCUAAUAUAUCUGUUUGGUUACACUAACAGACUCUUCCUGAUGCUGCGACGCUUUCCUGUCGAAUCAAAAGGCCGGCGCAAAAAGCUUCAGGAGGUAAAUUGUGUGUUCCCUUUUACAGUAUGCUGCAUGUACAUUUAUAGAAGACUCUUGCGUGUGUUCUAAAUGAUUGCUAUUCCUGUCCUGGAAAGGUCGGCUAUGUCACGAGCAUCUGCUUCACUUGCUUCCUGAUUAGAUGCAUCCUAGUAAGUGCACCUCACUUGCUUCCUGUCUCUAUGGUUAUGCAUGAUUAACUGAUCAACGAUGAUGUUGGGGAACUCUUGUCCCUGGUAGAUGUGUUUUGAUGCAUUAGACAAAGCUGCGGAUCUUGACGUCCUCGACCAUCCAAUACUCAAUUUCUUCUACUACCUGGUAAGGUUCACUACUUCUACACCUUUGAACACCCCUCUCUCUCUCUCUCCUCUCUCCUCUCUCCUUGAAUUGGGCAAUGGACAGAUGUCGACCAUUUACUUUUCAAUGCAACUGGGCUUCUUUACGAGCCCAUCAAUGUUCAUUAAUUAUUGUGUGUGAAUCAGUGACCACAUAGGAAUGUGUGGUCAGAAAAUGACCACAUAUAACAGCUUGGGUGCAGCCGGCCCUCCAAAGGUACCCAUUGAGAAGGAGAGAGGGAGAGAGUUUAAGCCACCAUGUGGGUGAUCAAUGGGCCAGCCCCAUGGCAAGGAGACACAGGCUCUAUGCUUGUGGGUAGGACCCUGGUAAAGCCUAGAUACAGCCCAGGCCUCUUCUUCUUUCCGGCCUCAGUUGACACUCGUUACAAUACCCUGCGAUCAGUCGAUGCCUUCUUUAUGCUCUUUUUUGGGAUAGAUAUUUGAUUUAUUCAUUUGUUCCACUCCGAGACCAAUUUUAGAAACUAUUUUCCAUGGGUUGACUAAUGCCCCUGAUUCACGUUUCCUUGGAUUCUCCUGGAUCACAGCUGGUGGAGAUCCUCCCUUCGGCCCUGGUGCUCUUCAUCCUCAGGAAGCUACCCCCCAAGCGUGGAAUCACCCAAUAUCACCCCAUCCACUGA